AUGGCAAGCCAACUCACGUCAACUGCGACCAUCUUCCUUUCUACUCUGCAAGACACGGUCACACCCAGCAUCCUCGACCUCAUACGCCGACUUGACGGCCUUGCUUCAACAAGGAAGACUACCACCACUGUCGCCGUCGCUAUUGUCGCCUACCUUGGAUUCGUCCGAGCUCUUCGAUGGAGACGGUACAACGCCAUUCACCGACAGUACCACUCGCGCUAUGAUGCGAAGACGGGGAAGUGGAAUUUGACACCGGAGGAAGCGAGGAGGGUUAUGCUGGUUUCGUCAACCUAUGACAUGCCAAAGUUGUUGAAUUCGGCUCUGGCAUUCGCUUUGUUCAAGACCUAUGCUAUUCCUUCGAUUUCAAAAUUGUUGUAUGCGACGAGGGAGUUGGGUUCAAAGGAGAACGUUGCGAAGCGAUACGCGGAUACUGAGAUACUUAUUUCCACUUGGGUCGGAUGCCCCAUAAACGGGUUUCAUGACCUCACUUUCAAACCAGAUGAGAAGACCCCCGCAGAAGACCCGAGAGCAAUGAUUGCUCUGUCGAGGGUGAAUUACCUACAUUCACGCUACAACAUUUCCAAUGAUGAUUAUCUUUAUACCCUCUCUCUUUUCAUCAUUGAACCUAUCCUAUGGGCGAAGCGCUACGGCUGGCGUGCCCUCUCACCUAUGGAGUCCCAAUCCUACUUUAUCUUUUGGUCCGAAAUAGGACGUCGGAUGGGUAUCCACGACAUCCCUGAAACACUAGAGGACCUUAUGGCGUGGUCGCAAGCAUACGAGCAAGAGUACAUGGUCCCAGCCAAGUCCAAUCACCAAGUUGCGAAGCUUACGACGGGUGAGCUGGUUGAGGGUGUCCCGAAUGUGUUGGGCUUGAGGACGUUCGUGGAGAGGAUUACGGUGUGUUUGGUGGAGGAGAGGGUGAGGGUUGCUAUGAUGCAACCGUCCCAGCCGUGGUACCUCCAUGCCUUCACAUCGGCAGUCUUGCACACCAGCGGGUUUGUGCAGCGCUGGUUCUGCCUCCCAAGGAUAAGCCCCUCCUUCCCAGUUAACUUGGACCUUCCAAGGGACCUGUCAGCUCCAUCUCAUCCCAACGUGUAUCGCUCACGACCGUGGUACAAACCUGAAUCAAGUGGACUGGGGUAUAUCCGUGACCGACUGCUCGUUGCAUUGGGAUACUACUCCGCUAUGCCUUCCCCAAGGAGCGGUGGUUAUCGAUUGGAAGAGUUGGGUCCUUUGCACCUGGAGAAGACGGCGAAUGAAGAGGUUGUACGCGAAGCAGCAAGACUUCAGGGGUGCCCGAUGCCCAAGCUACGCUGA